GUUGCGCAAUCGGUGCUAAAUUUAUGCCUCUUGCAUCUCCAGUUUAGCCGCCCACGCUGUCGCGACAAAGUCGACUUGAAUUUCGUCGCUUUCCAGCUCUAGUUAAACUUUCGCGACCUAAUCUAGUCAGGUGUCCGAUCUCGCGUGGAUGCGAACAUUUUAAAGUUGAAACAUAAUCGGCCUCAUUUUCGAAUCCGCGUCGUCGAGCUGGUCGAGCCAGUCGAGCUGUGCGCCUUGGCGUCAUGGUGUGAUCGGUUUCUGCUGAUGUCUUCUAUUGCGAUGCAGCGAUGCUGGUCCGACCGGUCAGGAGUUCGAUCAAUCCUAGGGUAGAAGAAGAGCCCUCCAUCGAUUAGUCGAGGUCUAGAAAAACAAAAGAACACAAGAACCGCCAAGCUGCCGCCCGCACCGAGUUGACGGUAGACCAUUCUUCGCUAGGACAUGUUCGUCAAAGAGGUCUCUACCUCAAGAUCUAGUCAAAAGCCCGACCACUUCGGCAGCAUCAACGAGCGUCCGGUGGACGACAUCUCUCUCGAUUUCUUCUACAAGCCGCACACGAUCACGCUGUUGACCGUGUCCAUCGUGGUGUUACUCUACUUUGCCUUCACGCGCGACGAUGCUCAGCUAGAACAAAACAUAUGGAGUGGCAUCUGCUGCGUCGCCUUUUUCUUCCUCAUCAUCAGCGUCCUUGCAUUUCCAAAUGGACCCUUCACACGGCCUCACCCGGCAGUCUGGAGGAUAGUCUUUGGUUUGAGCGUCCUGUACCUCAUGGGACUGCUGUUCUUGCUCUUCCAAAAUUAUGCCAACAUCAAGUCAAUAAUGUACUGGUUCUAUCCAGAACUUCGCAACUUCUCCAUAGACUCUGAGAAGGAGUAUGCGGUCAACUGCUCUGACGUGAGCCUGGAGCGGCUAUGGAGCCACGUGGAUGUGUUCGCGUUUGGCCACUUCUUUGGCUGGGCCAUGAAGGCCAUGCUGGUCCGGCACUACGGGAUCUGCUGGACUAUCAGCGUCACCUGGGAGAUUACCGAGGUGGCGUUUGCACACCUGCUGCCCAACUUCAAGGAGUGCUGGUGGGAUGCCCUCAUCCUGGACGUGCUUCUCUGCAAUGGCUUCGGCAUCUUCUUCGGAAUGCUCAUCUGCAACAAGCUGGAGAUGCGCUCUUACAAAUGGGAGAGCAUCAAGGACAUUCAGACCACGACUGGAAAGAUACGAAGGGCUGCACUCCAGUUUACUCCCGCAAGUUGGACCCACGUGCGGUGGAUGGACCCCAAUUGUACGUACAUGCGUCUCUUGGCCGUCACGGAGCUGGUCAUCUUUUGGCAGGUGACGGAACUCAACACCUUCUUCCUGAAGCACAUCUUCGAGGUGCCCCCUGACCAUCCUCUCAGUGUGGCCAGACUGAUGCUCAUCGGCAUCAUUGUGGCACCUACGCUAAGGCAAUACUACAGCUACGUAACAGACACGCGAUGCAGACGAGUUGGAACCCAGUGUUGGGUGUUUGGUGCCAUCAUGCUGACAGAGGCAAUCAUCUGCAUCAAAUUCGGUCUGGAACUCUUUGCCCAAACCCAGAUAAAGAACAUCCUUGUGUGGCUUCUUGUGCAGUUCCUGCUGAGUGUCCUGUGUGUCUGUGGGUGCGUGCAUUACUCCAAACGUCAGGGCAAGUACAAGGACUCCGAGGAAAUCGCUUCCGACACACAUCCCACGUCGGGAAAAGAAGCAGGCGACGGAAUCUCCGACGAACCCAAGUUUGACGGGGGUGCGGUCCGCCAACGGAAGACGAAACAAACCAAUGGCAACAUCUGAACUGCGAGUCGCUGCAAGUCCUUCUGAAGCGCUCUGUCUCGUCAGUGCGCAACCAAAGAAAUGCUAGUGUGCGCUGAUUUGCAGCUGGUCUAUCCUCUUCCUUUAUUAUUUUUUUUUUCUGCCAGAACAUUAUUGGUUGUGUUUAUAUUUUCUGACGGGCGCUCUAGUUGUUUUUGUUUUUUGUCAUUGUUGUAAAUGGAAAGGAAGAAACUCUGCUGGUAUGAAGCACGGGUGGCAUCACUUAAAGUGGGCGCUCUUUGGGGCAUUGCGUUGUGUGGCACUUUUAUAAGGUACUGUGAAGGAUGCUCAAGAUGUGGCCAUGUCUAUUUAGGGUCGUGUAGCCUGUUCAGCUAGGUGGCCAAGUUUGUGACGUCUUUACAACAGAUAUUUUGUGAGGACUAAAUAAAUUAUGAUUAUUUAUUUGA